AUGGCUACCAACGACAACUCGGUUAUGCGGAGGAAGCUGGUCAUCAUCGGCGACGGUGCAUGCGGCAAGACCUCGUUACUGAGUGUCUUCACACUCGGCUACUUCCCAACACGAUACGUCCCCACGGUCUUUGAAAACUACGUAACCGACUGCCGCGUCGACGGCAAAUCCGUCCAGCUCGCACUCUGGGAUACCGCGGGACAAGAAGACUACGAGCGCCUGCGACCUCUCGCCUACAGCCAAGCGCACGUCAUCCUUAUCGCAUUUUCCGUGAACAGUCGAGAUAGCUUGUCCAACAUCACAACAAAAUGGCACCCGGAAGUCCUAGAACGCUGCCCCGGCGUCCCUAUCAUCCUCGUCGGCCUCAAAAAAGACCUCCGCGAAGACCCCGUCGCAAUGGAAGAGAUGCGGAAGCGCAGCGAUAGCUUCUUGACACCCGAAGAAGGCGAGGAUACGAGAAGACGGAUAGGCGCGAAGAAAUACCUUGAAUGCUCAAGUCUGACAGGCGAGGGCGUGGACGAUGUGUUCGAGGCUUCCACGCGGCAAAGUCUGCUGAGCGGUGAUCGGAAGGAGAGGGGCGGAUGCUGUGUCGUCCUGUAA